AUGCAGUCGCAGCACGACGCCCCUGACGCGGGGCUAAAGCUCGUCAAUCGCCUGCAGCAAAGCAGAUCACCUUAUGUGCGUAGGCACAUGAACAACCCAGUAGCAUGGCAGCUAUGGGACUCAGAGGCCAUCAGUCUUGCGAAAAAGUACAACCGCUUAAUAUUUCUCAGUAUCGGGUAUUCAGCGUGCCACUGGUGCCAUGUCAUGGAGAAGGAAUCGUUUAUGUCGCAUGAAGUAGCUGCGAUCUUAAACGAGUCAUUCAUUCCGAUCAAAGUAGACCGGGAGGAGCGCCCCGACGUUGACGACAUCUACAUGAACUAUGUCCAAGCCACCACGGGAUCCGGAGGUUGGCCAUUAAACGUGUUCCUCACUCCAGACCUCGAGCCUGUCUUCGGAGGAACUUAUUGGUCCGGGCCCAGCUUAACGGCAGGUCAAGGGCCCGAAACAACCGGAUUCGUCGAAAUCCUAGAGAAGUUGAGGGAUGUCUGGGUAACUCAGCAACAGCGGUGCGUGGAAAGCGCUAAGGAUAUCACCAAACAGCUUCGAGAAUUUGCGGAAGAAGGAACCCACUCUAGCAACACAGUCCGCGGUACAGACGAAGAUCUCGACAUUGAACUUCUGGAGGAGGCUUACCAGCAUUUCGCCUCCCGGUACGACGCCAGCAAUGGAGGUUUUGGCCGAGCGCCCAAGUUUCCCACUCCCGCCAACUUGAGCUUCCUUCUUCGACUUGGCGCAUAUCCCCGUGAAAUCGCCGACAUCGUGGGCCAGGACGAGUGCGAGAAAGCAACCGCCAUGGCUGUCACAACACUGGUUAAGAUGGCCCGCGGUGGUAUACGAGAUCAUAUUGGCAACGGCUUCGCUCGAUACAGUGUGACCGCUGACUGGAGCUUGCCCCAUUUCGAGAAAAUGCUCUACGACCAGGCUCAGCUUCUGGAUGUCUACGUGGAUGCAUUCCGAAUCACUCAUGACCCUGAGCUGCUUGGCGCUGUAUAUGAUCUGGCUACAUACUUAACGAGUCCACCGCUUCAGUCACCCACUGGAGGGUUCUUUUCGUCUGAGGACGCUGACAGCUUUCCCAGUCCUAAUGAUACCGAAAAGCGUGAAGGUGCUUUCUACGUGUGGUCGCUGAAAGAAUUGACCCAGGUACUUGGCCCACGAGACGCGCCAGUUUGCGCUCGUCAUUGGGGAGUGCUACCUGACGGGAAUGUCGCGGCUGAGUAUGACCCGCAUGAUGAAUUCAUGAACCAAAACGUACUCUCCGUUCGGAUUACGCCGAGAAAAUUGGCCAAGGAGUUUGGCUUGAGUGAAGAAGAAGUGGUGAAGAUUAUCAAAGGCGGCAGGCAGAAGCUCCGCGAUCAUCGGGAGAAAGUCAGAGGACGACCGGAGCUGGACGACAAGAUUAUCGUGGGCUGGAAUGGACUGGCUAUUGGGGCUCUUGCCAAAUGCAGUAUCUUGUUCGAGGAAAUCGAGAGCUCCAAGGCACAAAUAUGCCUGGAUGCAGCUGCACGCGCGAUCGGCUUCAUCAAAGACAACAUGUUCGACAAGGCGACCGGCAAGUUGUGGAGAAUUUUCCGCGAUGGCCGUCGGGGCGACACCCCUGGGUUCGCAGAUGACUACGCGUACCUGAUCAGCGGUCUGCUGGAGAUGUACACCGCGACCUUCGAUGACUCGUAUCUGCAAUUUGCAGAGCGUCUCCAGAAACAUCUAAACGAGAAUUUUCUAGCUAAGAACGAUGGUGUACCCGAAGGCUACUAUAACACCUCCUCCAUUGAGACCCCCGGCGUCCCGGGCCCGCUUUUCAGAUUAAAGACCGGCACCGAGUCCGCCAUGCCAUCCGUCAAUGCUGUGGUGGCGCGGAACCUACUAUGUCUAGGAGCUCUUCUCGAAGACGAAGAAUACAAAAUCCUAUCUCAGCAGACCUGCAACUCGUUCGCCGUUGAAAUCAUCCAGCAUCCGUUCCUUUUCGUCGGAAUGCUGGACGUGGUUGUGGGGCUGCAAAUCGGCAUGCGUACCGUGACUGGGGUCUACGCUACAGCCGACGUCUCUGAAACGUCAAAGCCUCGUGGGGAGGGCCUUAUCAGCCAAAAGGAUUCUGUGCCGGCAUACAAUCUUCUUCGGAGGCGAGUCCGUGGUGAGGCCGGGUCGGGUGUCUGUCCAACAAUCUCCGUGGCCUCGCUGGUGGAUAUCCGCCCGUCGCAUAUUAAGGACUUUGUCGGUAACCAAUCCUUCUGGUUGAAGUGUCGGAACCCAAUAUUCAAAGACCUGAAAGCAGCCGAUCCACCAAAGAACUAUCUGCUUUCUUGCGAGGCGGGACGAUGUACAGUGGUAGAUCUCUAA